CCCGAUGCGGGCCUCGGCUCGCUCGUGGUCUUUUGUAGCCCGGCAGAGAACAGAGGAGGGACCCGCCGCUUCUCUGCGGGGAGGAGGCGUGCUGCGUGUGUGUCUGCAGUGCGUGCGGGCAGCCAGCCCACCUGAGGCUCUCCAGCCCUUGUUGGGCAGCAACACUCACCAUCCACCCUCGACGCCAUUUAUUACCACUCCCACCAUCCUCAGCCGCAACAGCUGGAGAGACUCGGGUUGGCCGCCGGUAGAUGAGCGUCGCUUAACUCGUGUGAUGAAAAGCUGGCCGUACUUUAGGGCAUCACACCCAAGAAGCGAGAGGAAUCCAUGGCUGGCGGAGGCCGCUUUUUCUCUGCGGCCAGGCAGAAUAGCUACAUUUCAUGGUGAAGGUUAUCAAGAAGGUUAUGCUGAAGGAACUGAUGCUGGUGUCAUUGAAGGAAGGCAAUAUGGAGUACAGCAGGGUGCCAACAUUGGUUUAGAAAUGGGCUCAUACCUUGGUUUUGCAGUGACAUGGCAGAAGUUGCUUUACAAAUGCUCCGAUGGAAAACAGAGUAAAAAGAUAAAAGCCCUAGAGUCGUUAAUAAAGAUGAUUCAGGAAUUUCCUUGCGAUAACCCUACCUAUGAAAAACUUCACGAAGACCUGGAGAAAAUCAGAGGACGAUUUAAGCAGGUGUGCUCGUUGCUGCAUAUUCCAUCUGAUUUUAGAUUUUGCGCUGAAGGAUCUGCACUUACAUUCUGAAUGUGAUAUGAGCAGAGGAGAACUUUAACAGGCUUUAAGUAAGUGUCUACAUCUUAAAAGAAAGGGCACAUUAAGGCUUUUUUCUCAUCAAGAGGAGCUUCUGCAGUGAAAUUGGAAAGUCCUCCUGUUCUUCAGCAUGCCAUUCUUGUGUUACUUGAGUUGCAGUGCCAGUGCUCCCACCGAAGAAGGCAAUGAUCCAUGGUGAUUCUUUUCAGUUAAAGUCCUGGGAAGUAGCUGUAUCUGAGACAACAUAGCUGGACUACAAAAACAAUGGGUUGUUAAUCUACAUUUUUAUUAAGUGAGUUACUUGAAAAGGGUUAAAGUUUUCAGGCACGUUUUGUUAACCCUUAAGAGUUUCAUUCAUAAAAUGGACAUGAUUUUGGAAAUAUGACUGUAAAGAGAGAUUUCACUAUGUUAGUGCAAGGAAAACACACUACACCAUUCUAUAGAAUAGAUUUUAUCCAUGUAUAUAUUGUUUGUUUUCACAAAUGUCAUCUCGGAAGGUACAUUGUUAAAAUGAUGUGGUUUACCAGAAAAAAAGAACAUUUUAAUCAGUAUGUUGUCCUAAGACAUGAAAUAUGUAUGCAAAUAUGAGAAAAUGCAAGAACAAUUAUAUUUGAUACAAUAAAAAUAUGGAAAUCAUUAUCUUUAAAAGAUCUAAGAUAUGACAAUUAAAGCAAAAAAUGCUCAAAUUAAAACAUGGAAAAAAUAUAUGUGCUAAGUGAUUUGAGGCAAAGAUAUUCAGCAAAAACUAGAUGCUUGAUUAGGUAAACUAUGUAGAUAAGCAUAUGUGCAUAUGCACACACAGGUAUGUGCAUAUGCAGGAGUCUGAUUUUUAGAGCAGAGGGACAUAUAAAGGAGAUGACACACCCCCUGUGCCUGCUUACCUCUCCAUAGACUCUUUUCCCAAGCGCUGUCCUCCCAGACAAGGUCACUUUGGCAUCAGAGGUCAGUUGAGGGAAAAGUGAUAUUAGGAGAGAUGCUGCAGGGAUCUAAGCUGCCUACAGAGGAGGGUUUAGGAGGACAAGGGAGAAUUUUCCUCCUUUCACCCAUAUGCCAUUUUGGGUCUAAAAAUUGAUCAUCCACUUCAUUUUAUAAACAAAUGGGUCAGACCUGACUUUUUAAAAAACAAAUGGGUGAACCACUGUUACUCAUAGCUUGUCUAGCACUGAAAACUUGUUUGUCUUCAUCCAGUGAAUGAACAGCUCAGAGGGCAAAUGAGAGAGCAGGGACACACAACAGGGUUGCAGGUGAAUCACAAAGAAUCAAGGCAAGGGGCUGGGUACCCAGCCUUCCACGUUUGUACUAAUUGAAGGAGAGAGGCAGCAGUUUGGAAACUCCAAAGUGGGAAAAGAGGUGGGAGGAGGGAUCCAAUGCUUUCCCUAUCAGCUGCUGCCACCCCACCUUAAACAGGCACACCUUAUACAGCAAAAACUAUUAUCAAGGGGGGAGGAGAGAAUAAAAGAGUUCCAGGUUGUAGAAUUUGCUUUGGUUCAUGCUGUAAAGUUGAUAACCCACAUUCAUUUUGGAGAUAAUUUUUUAAAAGGCUCUUGAAAGGUAGUUCACAUAUGGAUGUCUGUUUCUACAUAUCUGGAAACCUUGAGUCAGGUUACAUGAGCAUUUGAUUUCUAAAAACUUGUCUAUUGAGACUUUAUAUUGGGUUUAACUAAGAACCAAUGCUUAGGUUGCUUUUUUAAAAAAAGAUUUUUGGUGUAUCCCAUAUAGCCCAGCUGUAUAUAUUGUGUCCACUGUGGGAGGAAUUGAGGUAUAUUACAAAUAAAUCUGUCUGCACCCUAAUAUUACAGACUAGUUUAGAAAGGCAUUGAUUCCUUUAUAUGGGAUUUGAUUUACACCAGAGAUUAGAGUAAUCUCAAUUUGCAAGGUUUUUGAAACCUAAGAUCCACAAAUUCUUUUAUGUCAAUGCCUAUUGUUCUCGGUGCUACCAAAUUAAAUAUACACCAUGCCAAGUGUGGAAUGUCUUUUCCCAGGCGGCAGCUUUUAAGGUAAAGAUUUAAUUAUAUCAAAGUCUCUAUGCUUUGGAGUAACACAACCUGGACUUUUAAAAUGCAUUAAAAAAAUGUCUCACUUGUACAAGAUCUUACACUGAUCUUUGACACAGACAAAAAUGACCUGUAUGCUUUGAUCCUAAGUAGCAUGUUGCCUUUUAUGUUCUCAUGUCUACUAUCCAUUCUGACAAAUAGCUAUGUUGAUUAUUACAAGCACAUUAGAUCAGAAUAUCUUAAAGGUCGGAAGAUGUUUUUGGAAAGACAGAUGUAGAGCCCAGUGUUGAAUUAUCUUUUUGACUAUCAACGUAAUAUAUUGCAAAUAUGUCUGGGAUCUUUAUAUUGAUGUAACAUUUAUUAGAUACAUAGUGAAACAAAAUAUGAGGAUAUCUGUAAAUAAAACAUUAGUAUGUGCAACAAGAUUAAAUGAAGGUAUUUGUUUAGUAUCAUUAAUAUGAUAUCUGAAUAUCACUAAUAUUCCGUGGAGAGAGAGGAAAACUGCAUUAGGACAUGUACCAUUUUUGACCUGAAGUCACUAUUGCUGAAGUGGGAACUUGCUUGACUACUUGUUCAAAAGUAGGAUCCCUAACAGGUAUUUCUGAUUAAUUUUUUUACAAUGCAUGCCCUGCCAACAUAGCUCAAUAUAGCCCUAUAGGUUGUUAAAACAUAAAAAAAUAUGAAACAAGUCUACAAUAAUAAGAAUCUCUGGCACCUGAAAAAAAUCCUAGUAAAAUCUAGAGGGGUGGGGAGGAAGAAAUUAGGAUCUCAAAGUGUUCAUCAGAACAGAAUUACCUUCAACAGAGCCUAUGGGAGGCCAUUCUCUCUUUCAGCAAUUAUCCAGCCUCUUCCAUGAAUAUUCAGCUUCUUGCUUUCUUUAAAGUAAUCCUCUUAACUCUUUUACAUAGAGAUAUCAGGAAAACUGUGCGGGCAAUAUUCUACUAAAUUGCUCAGACAUUUAUGCCAACUUUUGGUGUUUCAGCUUAUAUGCACAGACAAUGGGUGAUAACUUAGUUCUUGUUUUGACAAGAACUAAAUGUUUAAAUGUUUUGACAUUUUAAAUAGUUUUAUUUUAAAUAUAUGCAGUUACCUAUAUUUAGGAUUGUGCUGUUUUUCUGCCCCUGCCCCUACUGCUGGCUACAGCUGACACAUACCCUCAUUGAUCACAUAGCUAGUAGGUAAGAAAUGAAACAACUUUUUCUAAAAUAUUACAAAAUUCAGUUCUGCAUCAUUCAUGGCAGGGCUGGUUCCAUGCUUCAGGGAGCCUUUGGCAAACUGCUCUACAUGGGCCCCUUCCAACCUUGCUAGGCCCCAAAAGAAUCACUUCACCAUAUCCAUACAAAAGCUAAAGAGCACAAAGAUGGUUUCGGGGAUUCACAGUGGGUCCUUCUAAGGGUCCUGAACCCUUUAUGAGUGCCCAGUGAGAGUGACCUUGGCUCAUGAUGAGUCAGUUCAGAUGAAUAGCAAUCUGUGGCAGCUCCUACAUGCGAUAACUUGACUAUUGCAAUGCGCUCUACGUGGUGCUGCCUUUGUACGUAGUUCGGAAACUUCAAUUAGUUCAGAAUGCGGCAGCCAGAUUGGUCUCUGGGGCAACCCGGAGAGAUCAUAUUAUGCCUAUUCUGAAACAAUUGCACUGGCUGCCGAUAUGUUUCCGGGCAAAAUACAAAGUGCUGUUUAUUACCUUUAAAGCCCUGAACGGCUUAGGCCCGAGUUACCUUAGAGAGAGCCUUCUUCUGCGUGAUCCCCACCGCACAUUAAGGUCAUCUGAGGAGGUUCGUAUCCAGUUACCACCAGCUCGUCUGGUGGCGACUUGGAGGCGGGCCUUCUCUAUAGCUGCUCCGGGGCUGUGGAAUGCACUCCCUGCGGAAAUCCACAAUUUGAAUUCUCUAUUAGCCUUCAGGAGAGCCCUUAAAACGUAUUUGUUUGGUCUGGCUUUCCAGGGUUUUUAAAUCUGUUCUAAUAUUCUAACCCGAUUUGGGGGCUUUUAAUCACUGUAAUUGUUUAAUUGUUGUUUUAAAAUGUUUUUAAAUUGUUAAUUGUUAUAUUGUUUUUAAUUUUUUUAGCUCUAUUGUUUUAGUGGUUUGUUUUAAUUGUAAACCGCCCUGAGCCAUUUUGGAAGGGCGGCAUAUCAGUCAAUCAAUCAAAUAAAAUAAAAUAAGUUCAUGGCGAGAACAUGCAUAUCCCAAUGUCACUCAAGGAUGUGCUGAUACAAUCUUGCCGUGUCCUUUAAUCAUGUGUGCGGGGUGAUAAUCCAAAUUGCCCCUCUACAAGCGGUUUAAACAAGGUUUUUUAGCAUGGGUAGAGGGACAAUUUGGAUCAUCACUCCUCACACAUGAUGUGCCGAGAUGGUGUCGGCACCUUCUUGAGCAACACAGCAGGGCAGGCACAUUCUCAUCAUGGCUCCAAUGUCAUAUGUAGCGGCUGUUGUGGGUUGCUAUGCAUCAGAACCAGCCCAGUGUUACACCAGAUUAUACAGCUCACUAUAUCCAAUACAUGUGCAGUAAUACACUUCCUAUCGCUAUCCCACAAGCCACCUGCCUUUUGGCGUUGCUUGGGAUAUAAAUGGAAACCCCCACUUUUCCCCUUUAAAUCCCAAACCUAAAUAAAAAUAAUCCUGAGCCUGCAGUGCAACCAGAGGCAUAUCUAGGGAAAAUAGCACCGAGGGCAAGCACUGAAAUUACGCCCCCUGUCCAAACAUCCAACACCUAUCUUUCAGAUAACUUUACCAUAAUAUCAGCUGAAAAAUACAAGUCAAGCUCAUUAAUCUUAGUAUGUCAAAAACUAUUUAGCUGUGGACGUAGCCAGACCAAAUAAUGCUGGAAAACUAUAAAUUUCAGUAUGCUGGGGCUCAUAAAAUACCCAUAUACUAUGUGGAGGUGUACUUGGAAAACUAAUGUCUAAUUCUCUACUAUGCAUCUACUAGCAUCACUAUUACAUAAGUUUUAAAAAUAAAUGGAGAAUUUGACUUUUCCCAGAUACUCUGAAAAUAACUAAAGGAUAUGCAUAGUAAACUGUGUCACUGCUUGGAAUAUAUUCUAGACUUUCAGAAAGACAGUUAAAAUGAGAGAAAGAGAGCAAGAAACUCCUAGUGGGCCUUAAUACUAAGGAUUUCACACUGAUUCAAAAACAAACUCACCAUUAAUAGCCAUAUUAUUAAGACAUCACAUUUAACUCACUUAUCACAAGAAGCAAAGUAAGAGCAAAUGAAUACAAUCCCAGUUCAUAAGCUUCAGCUCAUUAUUCACAAGCCCUGAUUCUCUGUACAUAGUGCCAAACUGAAUAUGUGUACAGUGACAUAUUAUAUUAAAUUUAAAAAAAUACCUGUAGCCCCUUUGGGGGCUAAUUGUGGGAGCUGUUUAUGCUUUUUAAACUAUUUUUUUAUGAAUGACUGCAUUUUGUUCUACUGUGUUUUAGUAUUGUUGUAUUGGAUAUGUUUGUUAUUUCUAUUUCUGCUGGUCAAUGGCUGUAAUAAAAUUGAUGAUGAUAAAUAAAUAUAUAAAUAUA